AUGCUAUUAUGGGGAAUUCGAGAAGGUAAUAUGGAGUUUAUCAGGGAUUAAAUAGAUAUCAAUUUCAGAGGGAUUGUAAGAGAAUGUAUGCUUAACAGAAGAGUAUAAGACAGAUUUAUUGCAUUUUUUGGAGGUAUUGAAAUUGACCCAGUCAAAAAGUUCUUUGAAAAUCUAAACAAUCAAAAAGAAUAGAACCCUGAUGAAUUUGAAUUGAGGGAUAAUCAUUUUAAUACUUUGUUUGAAAGCCUUAUAAAUAAAAGGAGGAAAUAUGAUGGAAACAGUGUGAUUCAUAUGAUUAUCAAAUUUGAAAAACCAGAAAUUCUGGAAUUUUUCUUUAGCAAUUAAAUAAAUUGGAAAAUUGAUUUGAAAAAUAAGAACAAAGAUGGUCAUGCCCCUAUUCAUCUUGCAGUAAAAUAAAAGAAUUAAACUGUAUUUGAUAUAGUAGCUCGACACUCAGAUUAAUUAAUCAUUCCUUGUGGAACUUUAUAUGUUUAACCAACUUCAGCUUAAAUUAAUAUGUAUGAAGACACAAUCACAAUAGCUGCUCAGAAUAGUCAAGUAGAAAUAUUUAAGAGAUUAAUAUACAGUGCUAACUGUAACAUCCAUACGUUAAAUGUAAAAAAAGCUAUGCUAUUCGCAUGCGAGUAAAAUUGUAUGCCUAUAGUAUAGUUUCUCAUAUCACUUGGAUUUUUACUUAACUAAAACCUAGUUUAAAAGAAAUCACCUUUAUAUGUGGCAUGCGAGAGGGGUCAUCUUGAAUUAGCAACAUAUUUAGUUUAGAGAUUCGAAAUAGAUCCUAAUAUACAAUGCGAAGAUUCUAAUAAGACUGCUUUAUAUGUCUCAGCUGAAAAAGGUUAUGAUUAAAUAGUAGCUGAGCUUAUAAGAAGGCCAGAUAUUGAUGUUAAUAGGCAGACAAGUGGUAAGAAAACUGCAUUAUAUGUUGCGAUUGAGAAAGGAUAAGUAGAAUGUGUAAGGCAUAUUCUUAAAAAAUGCAAAGCGGAUGAUCUUUACUCAACUACAUCGUUUGGAACAACACCUUUGUUUGUCGCUCAAAAGAAAGGAUCAAAGGAUAUAAUUAGACUCAUGAUGUGUGUUGGAAGAUAAGUAAAUCCUAACUAUGAACAGACUAUUCCUCAGGUUGCUGAAGAAAAUAAAGAUAACAUUAUCAUCAAUGAACUUCCAAGAUUUUUAUAAGAAGUAAGAGCGUUUUAUGAAUUAAAUCCAUCUGAGUUCAAUGGUGGAAAACCUUGCAAAGCUAAAUUACAAAAAGUUUAAAGCAGAUAUAUGGAAGGAGUUUCUUAGCCAAAGAAGGAUAAAGAACCAGAAGAGGAGGUCAAAUUGAUAAAAUAAUAAAGAGGUUAGAGUAGUUUUAAGAUUAAGUAAAGACCUUAGUCAGCCUAAGUAACAACUAAAGCCAUGACACUAAAUAAAAAAGAUCUUUAAAAUAAAGACAUAGAUUUUAAUGUUAGUGAGGAUGAAAGAGAAAAUUAAAAUUUAGAGGAAAUUAAAGAGUAAGUAAGUGAGUAAAUUGUAACAAAACAUAAAGAUUAUAAAUUAAGCAAACCACUAGCAACAGCAGAGAAAAUUAUAGUGAAAACUAUUAGCAAGCAUUAGAAAACUAUUUAGAGUAUGAAUAAGCAGAAGGGGAAUAAAGAUCAACUUAUAGAUAAAAUCAAAUCAGAAUAUUAACCAGGGUAGGUCCCCAAGUAUCUUGAAAAGGUUAGACGUAAAAGUUAAGAUAGAACUUAGGAGCAAGUAGAUGAAAAUAGAUUAAUUAGUCCUCAUAAUUAAUAAAAUCCUACUAUGUCUAAAGUUAAGAGCAGACUCUUUGAUUAUUUGUAAUCUAAUAAGCAAAAAUAAGAAGAAGAGCUAGAGAAAUAAAAAAAUCAAGAAAAACCAUAAUAACCUGUUAACAUUAAAAGAUUAGGUGAAUUGAGCAAACCAAGAAGGCCUCUGGAUAUUAGAGAGUGCUUUAAUACUUAAAAAUCGCAAAAAUUAAUGGUUAUUAAAGAUCCAAAUUACUUGCCUGACAAUUUAAUGGACAAAUAUCAAGUAUCAGUAGAAAAUAUCAAUCUAUCCAAUAGUAAGAACUAAAAUGGCGAUAAUGCUAUUGUAAUAAAUCUUAAAAAUGAAAUUUAAAAACCCCAAUAAAAUACCACUCACUCAAGAGCAAACAAGAAGAAUACUAAUACACUUAAAAAUAAGUUAUUUCUAAUUCAUAAGAAGAACAAAAAUCCAAAUCGAAAUUAGCCAAGAAAUCGAUAGAUGAAUGCUUAAAACAGUAAUUCAAAAGAUAACAAAGAUAUCUAAGAGUUUAUUUCAGAAAAUGAGAAUGAGAGAUAUAGUAAUUAGAAAUAUUCCAACAACAAAAGUGUUGAUGAUACUGAUACAUCUCAAAGCUAGUAGAUCCAUAUUGUAUAGAAGUAAUAUUAAAGGUUUUUUAAUGCAAAUGAUUCAGCAACUCCAUCUAAAAAGAGCAUAAACUUUAGUGAGACUAGAUAUUCUAAUUCCAAAUAAAAUCAAAACUUGGAAGAAUCUAUGUAUGAAAGUGAUAGGAUUUUACUCAACUAAUCAUCUAAUAAAAAAAGCAAUUAUAGUUGUGAAUAUUAUGCCUCUUAAAAUUCUGUUAAAUAGGCGAAGUAUUAGUAUUAGAGAAAUUAGCCUGAAGAGAGUAUUGGCAAUAGCGAUGAUUAUUUUGAAAGAGAUCCUUAUCAGUUUUAUCAAGGAGAUUAAGGAUUAUAGUUUGAAAAUGAACUGAAUUAGCAUGAUGAGCAAAUAAUUGGACUUUUAAAAGAAAAUUAUGUUGGAAAUGGAGAUUAGCAGAGCUCAAUAAAUCAAUAAUAAUAGAGUCCUCUGAAAUCAAUGAAUAAGUUUACGAAUUCUGCUUUUGACCAUAGGAAUAAGGAAUUUUAAAAAUCCUAGGGCAACUUUACAAAGAAAAUCUAAUCCAUGAAUUUAUUACACUUGAAUGAUGAGAAGAUAGAUCAAUAUUCGCCUACUUAAUUGAUUAAUGAUAGAGGUAUUUCUCAAAUGAAAUAUCAAUAGUCAACCUAACUCUUGUAGAUCCCAUCUAAUCUUGAUAUGAUUGAAGCAAUAAGUUUGAGGCAAUCCUAGGUAUCUCAAAACCUGGGGUCAAUUUACUAAAGUCAAAGCUUUAGACAAAAAAUUCAGCAUCCUUAAGAUGAUAUAGACUUUGAAGAAAUUAAUAAACAUUCACACUUAAUCACAUCUCGACUGCCCUAAUUAUUAAAUGAAACUUAGCGUAUGAUGUAAUCUACUCUAAGUCCAUUAAGAGAUUUCAAUAGUAUAUCAUCGCCUAAAAUAGCAAAUUAAACAAAAUAAUCUGUAUUAAGCAUCAUAGCAAAGGAUUUUGAUGUAACUGAUUAGUAAUUGGAUUAGAAUUGUGAGUUUUAGGUAAUUUAAGAUGAUUUAAGCUACAUUGGAGAUGAACAAGUCAUUAAUGAUAAUGAUGACUGGUAUGAUUAUGAUUAAAUAGAGAGAUUUUCAUAUGAAUAAAACAUAGUUAUUGAGUGA